GGUUAAAGUUGAACCAAAUUGGUUCUGACUGAAUGGGCUAAAGGUAAAAAGAGUGUGUGGAUUUGAGAUAUUAUGUGCUUUUUGGGCAGUACAAAAGUGUAAAAAAAAUACUACUACCACUAAGGUUUAGCCAGAAGCAGCAGUAGCAGCAGCUAGCUGCACAGUAGUACAGUACAAAAUACAGAGAGAAAAAGAAAAGAAAGAGAUAUGGCAGUGAUGAUGAGGUUACAAACACCUUUAAUCUUGUAACUGACAACACACUGCAAGCAAGCAGUAAGAGUGGCAUAAAAAGGGUUCUCUUACAUUAUCCCAAAUAAAGAAUCCUAUUAAUUCUACAUUAUUUUGAAGCAAAAUUGUAAAACAUAAUGAUGGGUUAGGCUAAAUAUACACAGCGGUUGUUUAUUCUUGAUGAUUGUUAUGGAAUUUGGAAAGUUGAAUGGCAGAGUUGUUCAGCAGUGGUACCAGAACAAGAACAAGAACAAGAAGAAGAUACAAGAGUAAAUUGAAGAAGUGUAAUCAAUCAAAAGCUGGAAAGAGAAAAGUACAACACCAACAAGGGUCUGAGUCUGGAUCCUCAGAGGAAUCAGCAGGAACACCACCACCAUUAUCAUCAUCAUCACCAAAACCAAAGCCAAAUUCAAGAUUCAUCUUUAAGACAUGUAGGGGAUGUGGGCAAAGAAGAAGAAGAAGAAAAUCAAGAACAAGCAUUUCUUCAUCACCAUCAGCUGUUAUAUGGAAGGUUAGAUUUACAAUCACCACAACAACUUCUACCACUGAAUCAGCCUCCUCAGUUGCCACCUCUGCAUCAGACUCCGAAGAAACGUUCAUACUUGCCUCCAUUGGGGCAAAACGAUGCAACAUUGCGAGGUGGAGGAAAAAUGGGAGAGACAUCAAGAUUGGGAGCAAGGGACAACAACGUGGGAGAGAUUGUAGAAGUACAAGGUGGACACAUUGUAAGGUCUACAGGGCGGAAAGACCGCCACAGCAAGGUUUGCACAGCCAAAGGCCCGAGAGACCGCCGUGUGCGUCUCUCUGCUCAUACUGCUAUUCAGUUCUACGAUGUCCAAGACCGCCUUGGCUAUGACAGGCCUAGUAAAGCUGUGGAUUGGCUCAUCAAGAAAGCGAAACCCGCCAUUGAUGAGCUAGCUGAGUUACCUCCCUGGAAACCCAACAUUGGUUCUGAUGAUGCUGGAACAACAAAUGAGCGAAACCAGAAGCAGCAAGAAGAUACCAACAACAACUUUGCAUUCCAACAAGGAAAUGCUAGUUUGUUUGAUGAUAAUGUUGCUGGACCUUCAAGUAAGAGAGCAAUGGAGAGUAGUAACACUGCUAGCUUUUUGCCACCAUCUUUAGAAUCUGAUGCUAUUGCUGAUACCAUCAAGUCCUUUUUCCCAAUGGGUUCUGCAACAUCAUCCAACUCUUCAGCUAUGCAGUUUCAGAGUUUUCAAGAACCCCAUUUGUUGCCAAGAACCAAUAGCCAGAACCAAGAUUUGAGUCUUUCUUUGCAAUUUCAAGACCCCAUUUUGCUUCACCACCAAAACCAAACCAACCGUAGGGAACAAGUGCAGGUUCAACCACCAGCUCACUUUACAGGAAGUACACCACUUGGUUUUGACACUUCAGGUUGGUCUAUGCAUCAUCAGCAAACUGUGGAGCUUGGGAGGGUACAGAGAGUUGGUUCUUGGAGUGACAGUAGAGACACUGCCCCUGGUGGUGGUGGGUACUUGUUCAAUUCGCCACCCGCGCCCGUGCUGUUGCAGCAGCUAUUCGGGCAAAAUCAGGUUUUUACACAGAGGGGACCCCUUCAGUCCAGUAACACAUCUUCGAUUCGAGCAUGGAUGGACCCAUCAGCAAUAGCAAUUGCCUCAGCUGAUCCAAGUCAACAUCACCAUCAAGCUGCAUUUCCAAUGUAUCAAUCAACAAUUCCUGGUUAUGGAUUUGCCUCUGAUGUAGGUGGAUUCUCUGGGUUUCGUAUUCCUGCUCGAAUCCAAGGUGAAGAAGAGGAGCACGAUGGCAUUUCCGAUAAGCCAUCAUCUGCUUCCUCUGAUUCUCGCCAUUGAAUUAGCUCAACAAAUUCUCCAGUUCUUGUUUAACAGCUCAAUCUGCAGGAAGUGCAAUUGGAACUUACAGAAGUAAUGCUUUCAAAGAGCCCAGAGCUGGAGAAUGAGAGAGUUCAUUAUAGAGUCUGAUUCAAUGGCGUGCAUCGUGUCGAAAAAAAUCCUGAGCAUUGUUUCAGGUUCUUCGAUCCGGUCUAAUAUUAUUAGUUAUUCAACGUUCUUGAUUUUUCGUUCGUGUGUAAUUGAGCUUUUCUAGCUACUUUAGGAUUGUAAUGUGUUUGGCCAGACUUAUCAUGUACCUGCUGUUUGCUUUUAUUUCAUGAUUUUGGUGACUUUCCAGCUA